AACACAUCCACCGGCGACCCUUGCAAAUAACGCGUUUAGAAUUUUGGGCGUGCCCCAGUCCGUGGAGGCAAUACUACUACUAUAGAGUAUACUUUGUACGAGUAGCAUAGCGAGCCGUACGCACUGUGUAGAGCACAGAGAGAAGCUAGGCAUCUGUUCUCAAAUCCACUUACCAAAGCUCCUUCCUCUUCCUCUCUCUCUUUUGUCUCUAAUCUCUUUCCCACUCUACCUUACCUGUAACCUAACUCCCCGCCCAUCCCCCACCUACCUUACAACUCUCACACCAAACUCUGUUCAGCAUAUCAUCUCAAGAUGCAGGCGCCGGUGGUGGUUAUGAACACCCAGACCCCGGGAGGGGAAAGGCAAUUCGGACGCAAAGCACAGAUCUCGAACAUCACCGCCGCAAAGACAGUCGCAGAUAUUAUUAGGUCAUGUCUGGGCCCCAAGGCCAUGUUGAAGAUGUUGCUCGACCCCAUGGGCGGCAUCGUCCUCACAAAUGACGGCCAUGCUAUUCUCCGAGAGAUCGAAGUCGCACAUCCUGCUGCAAAGAGCAUGAUCGAGCUGAGCCGGACGCAGGACGAGGAGGUUGGUGAUGGCACAACAACUGUGAUCAUAUUAGCUGGUGAGAUCCUUGCGCAAGCUCUUCCCCAGCUUGAGCGCAACAUCCACCCCGUCGUAAUCAUCCAAGCCUUCAAGAGAGCCCUCGCAGACGCACUUGAGAUCAUCGACGAGCUCGCCGUCGAUGUGGAUAUCAAUGACGACCAGGCAAUGUACCAGUUGAUCAACGCCUCCAUCGGUACUAAAUUUGUGUCGCGAUGGUCGGAGUUGAUGUGCAACCUUGCGUUGAAGGCAGUCCGGACGGUCUCGCUCGACAUAGGUAGCGGGAAGAAGGAGGUGGAUAUCAAGCGCUACGCACGUAUUGAGAAGAUCCCUGGCGGCGAAAUCGAGGACAGCCAAGUGCUAGAUGGCGUCAUGCUGAACAAGGACAUCACACAUCCUAAGAUGAGGAGGUACAUUGAGAACCCAAGGGUGAUGCUUCUCGAUUGCCCACUGGAGUACAAGAAGGGCGAGAGUCAAACCAAUAUCGAGAUCAGUAAAGAAGAGGACUGGAACCGAGUAUUGCAGAUCGAAGAGGAGCAGGUCAAGGCCAUGUGCGAUGCGAUCAUUGCAUUCAAGCCAGAUUUGGUCAUCACGGAGAAGGGUGUUAGCGAUCUGGCCCAGCACUUCCUCGUGAAGCAUAACAUCACCGCGAUUCGACGUGUUCGAAAGACCGACAACAACCGUAUUGCUCGCGCUACAGGUGCUACUAUCGUCAACUCCGUAUUCUCCGCCACUGCUUCCGACAUUGGCACGCAGUGUGGCCUUUUCGAGAUCUCCAAGAUUGGUGACGAAUAUUUCACGUUCCUCACCAAGUGCAAAGACCCCAAGGCUUGCACGAUCCUAUUGCGAGGCCCAUCGAAGGACAUUCUCAACGAGAUUGAACGAAACUUGCACGAUGCGAUGGGUGUUGCUAGGAAUGUAAUCUGGAACCCCAAGCUUUGCCCGGGAGGUGGCGCAACCGAGAUGGCUGUAGCUGUGGGACUGGAGCAACGAGGAAAGCUCAUCGAGGGAGUCGCACAAUGGCCAUACCGCGCGGUCGCCGAAGCCAUGGAGGUCAUUCCUCGUACCCUCAUUCAGAAUUCGGGUAACAGCCCCAUCAAGAUUCUGACCCAGUUGCGUGCAAAACAUGCGGAAGGCUCAGAAGGUGGCGAGAACAGUGGUAGUUCGUGGGGCAUCGACGGCGAUUUGGGCAAGGUCGUUGACAUGCGACAGUUUGGCGUUUGGGAGCCAAUCGCCGUCAAAGAGCAGAGCAUUAAGACUGCGGUUGAGAGUGCAUGCUUGUUGCUAAGGGUGGACGACAUUGUCGCAGCCAAGGCAGCUAAACAGGCUUCGGGCCCCAUUGGCGGUGGAGACGACUAAAAAUCAAGCUGAUCGUGGAAACGAGCCACGUCGCAAUUAGACUUUCACUGCCAAAUAUAAAAGAAAAGAGAGAGAAAUAGACCGAUACCAAUAAUGUAUAUGGCAUGGUUCGAAUGGCCCUCAAUAUUGCUUUGCCGGCCUUGUCAUUUUGAAUUGAUAUGCUCCCAUUCUACCUAGACUUAACCCCUUGCCGCAAACAUGGUAACAGCACUGACUUUGAGUAUUAUUCUACAAAGAGAUGGCGGCUACACGUUUAGUAAAGGCGAAGUGUUGUACUAGCAUUAACGUCUGAACGGUGGGG